AUGUGUCCUUCUGGAACGUUCCCAGACAACCCAGAAUCCCCUGCUCCAGUCUUCCAGUUGACCUUAAGGCGCCCGUCACUCAUCGAAGACACCUUCAGACAACUGGGUGCUGCAGAUCAUGACUACUUCCAGAGAGAACUUGUGGUACAGUUUGUGGAGGACAUGAAGCUGUCGCUCGUCAACAAAAGGGACUUCUUCCUCCAUGUGUUUGAAGAGCUGUUGGCACCAGAGUCUGAGAUGUUCAUGUACAAUGACACCAAGACACUGGUCUGGUUCCCUGCCAAGCCCAGAGUGGAGGAGAAGAGCUACUUCCUGUUUGGGGUCUUGUGUGGCAUGGCCCUGUACAACCACAACAUUGUACACCUGCCCUUCCCUCUGGCCCUGUUCAAGAAGAUGGUGGGGGUCAAGCCCUCACUGGAGGACCUGAGAGAGUUUGACCCUGUUGUGGGAGGGAGUUUGCGGUACCUCUUGGAGGACUACACUGAUGAUGAUGUUGAAGAAAACCUGGACAUGACCUUCACCGUGAUCUGGGAUGACCAGAAGGUGGAGCUGGAUCCCAAAGAAACAGGAAAACCAGUCACAAGUUUUAACAAGAAGCAGUUUGUUGAUGCCUACGUGAAACUCGCCUUCAACCAAUCAGCGGAGAAGGUGUUUGAAGAGUUCAGGAGAGGCUUCUUCAAGGUGUGUGACAGGGACGUGGUGGAGUUGUUCCAGCCUGAGGAGCUCAGGGGAGUCAUGGUGGGGAAAGAGGACUACGACUGGGACACGCUCAAACAGAACACUGUGUAUGAUGGAGAGUACCAUGCCAGACAUCCCAACAUCAUCACAUUCUGGGAGGCUUUUGAGGAACUGACAGAUGACCAAAAGAAAGCUUUCCUCCUGUUCCUGACGGGCUGUGAUCGCGCUCCCAUCCUGGGCAUGGACAAGAUUCAGAUGAAGAUAGCGAUCCUGCAGAACUCUACUGAACUACAUUUCCCAGAAUCCCUUACCUGCCACUUCCUACUGCUGCUGCCCAUCUACCCCUCCAAGGAGAUGCUGCUGGCCAGGCUCAAAGAGGCAGUGGCCCACAACAGAGGCUUCUGGAAGGAGUAAUGGACACUAUAUAUAGGCUACUGCUGUGUUCAUAAUUUCAUUCAAUGCGUUUCUGACAUGUCAAUAUAUCGCUUCAGUUUAGCAUAGGAUUUUGGUUAUAGCCUCCUUCUAGGUUCAGAUUUGCCAGUUUCUUUCAAACUUUUACAUUUUGCCUUUUACCUUGGCUUUUUCUAUUGAAAAUGUGAAAAUUGCAAAUCUAGGAUAUGUAGGCCUACCCUAUUAUAGAAAAAAACAUUCAUUGACUUAAUGUCUACUAAUUCUGGGUGUGAUUUAAAAAAAUAACAUUCUUAUUGAGUAAUAUACAUUCAGUAAUAUACAUUCAAGAGCCUAUUUAUUUAU